GAAAAGGAGAGAAGGGAGGAGGAGGAAGCGCAGAGGAGAGAGGAGGAUGAGAAGAGGGAAGAGGAGGAGAAGGUGGUGGCAGUGGCUGUGCUGAGCGAUGGACAACAAAAGACAGAGACGAAACAGAAAAAUGCCGAGGCGGAGUCGUCGGACAGUGACAGUGACAGUGGCUCCUCUAGCGACGACUCGUCAUCUGACAGUGAUGGAGAACGGAAGAAGGCUGUGCUGACCCGGACAAUGUUGCCAACGACGACGGUGGCAUCACCGUGGCGAAGUCUCUAGCGGAAGUAACUCCGUCCAAACCUCGGGACGGGAUUAUUCUGCCCUUGCUGGAGGCGAGUCAGACCACGCUGGAGGUGAAGGGGGUCACGCUGAACAAGUCUCAGGUGUACGAGGCGGCCAAGUUUCUGGAGACGGCCUCCAAGAUCCGGUUUGUGAACUUUGUGAACUGCGGCAUUGAUGAUGAUGAUGUGCAGAAACUGAUGGAAGCUUUGAGGAAGUCACCCUCUGAUCCUGUGAAGCUGUCGUCAGAGGAAGAAGAGGGCUCAGACAGUGGGAAGAAAGAACUACAAGAGCUCGACCUGAGCGACUGUAAGUUUGGCGACGUCGGGGCGGGGGCGGUGGCCAAGCUGCUCAACUCCGACAUGGACGUUGACACGCUGACUUUGAGCUACAACCACGCCAUCAGCAGCCAGGGUUGGAGCCUCAUCGGCAACGCGCUCAACGGCAACCGGAACCUGCAGACCUUGACCCUGGACCAUAACUUCAUCGGGAACGAUGGCCUGCAGUGUCUCUGCUCGGGUCUCUACGACAACCGCAGCCUGACAGCGCUGGACCUAAACGACGUGGGGCUGUCGCAGGCGGGCGGAGCCACGCUCAACGAGUUGUUGAAGAGGAACACCACCAUCCUGGAGAUCACGCUGACUGGGAACAGACUGACGGACGAGCAGAUCGACAACGUGCAGAAGUACAUCGCGCUCAACAAAAGUGUGAACCCGGAGGUGGAGGACUCGAUCAGAAACUAGAGACAGGACGUAUGACAAUAUUUGACGUAUGAUGAUGAUUGACGUUUGAUGCUUGACUUUUGAUGCUUGACUUUUGAUGUUCAAAUGCUUGAUGCUGCACUUUUGACAUCUCAUAUUUGAUUCUACGUGUUUGUUCUUGUGUUGCAAACAUUUUGACUCCUCAUAUUCGAUUAUGCGUAUUUGUUUUCAUGUUGCAAAUAUUUUGACACCUCGUAAUUGAUUCUGUAUGUUUGAUUUGAUUCUGUGUGUUUGCUUUUGUGUUGCAAACAUUUUGACACCUCGUAAUUGAUUCUAUAUAUAUGUUUAUUCUCGUGUUGCAAACAUUUUGACACCUCAUAUUUGAUUCUAUUUGUUUGUUUUCAUGUCACCAAAAUUUUGACAUCUCAUUACAUUACACCUAACCAGUGGUCUUGACCCCCCCCCUACCCUCCACCCCCAAUAACUGUGAUAUUUCACUUCCUGUUUCUCGUCUCUGCGACGAAUGACCUUGAUCUCUGACCUUGAUGCCUGAGAUUCCGUCUCAGGGGAUUAUUUUUUUCCUCAGUUCUUAAAAAUUAUUCUAUUGAAAAUUUGAUCCCUUCCAAAGUGUGUUUUUGUGCUCUGAAGAGAUGUAAUUGUGCCGUUGUCAUUUUUUAGACAUAGGGGAUUGGCAAGACUGACGGCACAUUUGACUGACAGCAUGUAAGACAAAGAGUAAGAGGAUUUGCAAGACUGAUGGCACAUUUAACAGACAGUAUGUUCAGUUGCAGUCUGACAUCUCUGAGUGUUUAUUAAUCUGACAAUGUUGAAUGUUAGGCUUAUAUAUAAUCAUAUAAAGGACAAUCUUAGUUUAGUCUUCGUCAUGUUUGCAGACCUGCGUCUAUGGUGUAAUGGUUUUGUUGUUGCAAGUGCCGUAAAACUCUUACGAAAACUCACAAAAGGUGUAAUGGUUAGGCCCUCUGCCGUUGUGUGCAGUAGAUGUGAAUUCAAUUCCCAAGUGGAGAGGGUUGAUUUUUAAAAAAUUGAAUAUGUCCAUCACAUCUGUCUGCUGGGAUGUUGUAGCCUUCUCAUUCUCAGCCCGUUGAUGGGUAGGACUGUCCCCGUGGUUUUAUGCAAAAAUGCACCCAAAAAAUUAUGAAAUUAUGCAAACUGAGCCCAAAAAUGUGAAAGUAUGCGAUUCCGUUAAUUUAAACACAGAGUGAUGAAGGAAAAUAAUCAGAAAUUAGGCAAAAAAUGAUCAAAUUUUGCUAAAUUAUGCGGGGUGCAUAAAACCAUGGGGACAGGUAGGAUUGACACAGUUCUCCAAAAAUGAUGUAAAUUGUAGUAAAUUGUGACUUCAAAUUGAUGCAAAUUGUGGUAAAUUGUGACUUAAAAUUGAUGUAAACUGUGGUGAACACUUAUUACUAGCUGCAACUUUUUCAUGUUUUCAGGUAGAUAUAUUAUGUGCCCAUUUGUGGAAUUUAUCUGAGAAUUUAUCACCGUCCAUUGUAUGGAAGAGAGUUUUGUUGAUGUUAUUGUAAAUUCAUAUCCUCGCUGUUUAUGUAAAUUUAAAAAAAAAUUAUUAUUCAUGUGACUAUUUAGUAACAAUUCUGCUGUUCUCGGACUGAAAUUCCACUUUCUAUUUUUGUAUUCUUAUCUUGUCAAUUUCCCGUACCCGCCUAAAAUAGACAAUGAUGUCACAGACGCUGUUGUUGCUGUUCCCAAAUAUGGCUGUGAUAAGAUCCUUAGAAUAUUUCAGUGGGACCAAUGACAUUAUAGAGAGACAAUGUGAAUGAAGACUUGGGGAAUCAUAAUAUAAAAAAUUGCCUUUCUUAACCGUGAACCUUAGGUUCCUAGGCCUAACUCCCCCCCCCCCCCCCCCCCCCCCCCCCC